AUGGCAAACCGCGUAUUGGAAGGCAAGCUGGGUAUCGUCACCGGCGGAUCGCGGGGAAUCGGUGAAGCCAUCGCGCGCAACCUCGCCUCUAAGGGCGUCUCGCUCCUUCUGAACUUCACAUCCGAGUCCUCGCGGGCUCCCACCGAGCGAAUCUGCGCCGAACUCGCCGCUCAACACGGCGUCCGCUGCGAAAGCGUCCAAGCCGACCUGGGCAAUCCCGAAGAAGCGACCGCUGCAAUCCUCGGCGCAGCCCAGAAGCAUUUCACUAAGGGUGGCAAGCUGCAGAUCGACAUCCUGAUCAACAAUGCCGGUGUCUCGGCCGAUCGCGAUCUGAACGAUGCGCAGCGCGGCCCCAUCAACGCCGACCACUUCAACUGGCACUAUACCAUCAACGUGCUGGCCCCGCUACUGCUAACUCAAGCCGUCGCGCCGUUCCUGCCGACGGACCGCAGUGGUCGGAUCGUGAAUAUUUCCAGUGUCUCUGCAUCCAUGGGUUUCGUGGGCCAGUCGAUGUAUGGUGGGACCAAGGCUGCGCUGGAGGCGAUGACGCGGACCUGGGCACGGGAGCUGGCGGAUCGCGCGACUGUCAAUGCGGUGAACCCCGGCCCUGUUAUUGGAGACAUGUAUUUCAAGGCUGGGGAGGAGUUCUGGAGGGAUAUUCAGGGUUAUAUGGAUAAUACGCCUAUGACGAAGUUGGACGAGAGUGAUGAGUCGACGAUGUCGAGGUUGACGGCUGAGCAGACCAGGUUGAUUAAGGAGAAGAUGGGUGGCAGGAGACCGGCUUUUACCAGUGAGAUUGCCGGUGUUGUUUGUAUGUUGUGUACGCCUGAUGGUGUGUGGAGUACUGGCAGUGUUGUCUGUGCCAAUGGUGGUAUGCGGAUGGGCAUGUAG